GCACUUCAUGCAUAAAUCAGUCAAAAAUCCUACGCCCAUUUUGAUCAGCCUUCACUUAUAAGAAAAAUAUGGUCUCAUUUCCCACUGGUGUGAAAGAGCCGGAAUACGGUAAAAUACUGCUUUCAGAUGUAGUGGUUACAAGGAAGAGAAACCUCUUCUGGGGACGUAAAUGGAGGACCCUCGAUGUUAAAAUGGCUGUUGGAAUCUUAUCAAUUCACAUACUUGCGCUGUUUGCCCCAUUUACAUUCACUUGGCAUGCUUUUUGGACUGCAUUUUUGAUGUAUGUGUUGUGUGGGAUUUUUGGUGUAACUCUCUCGUAUCAUCGUAAUCUAGCACACCAUAGUUUCAAGCUGCCUAAGUGGCUUGAAUACAUCUUUGCUUAUUUUGGAGUCCUAUCUUUCCAGAGGGAUCCCAUAUUUUGGGUGAGCAUUCAUAGAUAUCACCAUCAAUACGUUGAAUCCGAGAAAGAUCCACACUCUCCCACCUUUGGGUUUUGGUUUAGUCAUAUGGGUUGGCUAUUUGACAGCGGCUACAUAAUUGAAAAGUAUCAAGAACGUAAAAAUGUAGAAGAUUUAAAGAGUCAGGUGUAUUAUAAGUUCAUUCAACGAACUUAUGUACUGCAUAUAUCCACAUAUGCGGCCCUUGUUUAUGCUUUGGGGGGAUUUACCUAUCUUGUUUGGCUUGUGGGUGUUGUACCAACGUGGGGUUAUCACGUGACAUUUCUAGUGAACUCGGCUUGUCACAUAUGGGGAAAUCAAACUUGGGACACUGGUGAUCUUUCAAAGAAUAAUUGGUGGGUGGCAUUGGUUACUUUUGGAGAAGGAUGGCAUAACAAUCAUCAUGCAUUUGAAUAUUCAGCUCGACAUGGGUUAGAAUGGUGGCAAAUUGAUUUCUGUUGGUAUAUGAUAAGGUUUCUUGAAGCAUUAGGAUUGGCAACCAAUGUUAAACUGCCGAGUGAAGCUCACAAACUAAAGAAAUCGUUUGCUUCUGUUAAGAAGUUCAAGUGAUUCAAUCCUUUUUCACGUUUGUUUCCCUUUGAAUCAUAAGCAUCUAAUGCUUUUACAUCUCAAUAGAUAUAUACUCCUAUAUACUAGUUGUUAAAUAUUUCUCAUUAAAUAACGAUAUCUACAUGGAUAUUAUAUUAAUAGUGAUUUUGCUUGUGAUUUUAUUUGCUCAUGGAUAAGAAUUUCGAAUCCCAAAGCUCUAUAUUUGGUAUUUUUCAUAAUGGGUGUAUUUAUUGUACAAUUUAUGGUUAUCAUUCUAUCAAUUGUUGUAGUUUUAUUAAA